AUGGCCACCCGCGAAUGCGUCCAGCGCGAAACCUCACGGGCGCGCCAUUGGCCACGGCACGGGCGCUGGCCGUGUAGUGUAGCUUCCGCGCGUCCCCGCUGCCCAUUCGCGCUAUAUAUCCACCGUUCGGUGCUACACAUUCUGCACUGCACCUCACCGCCACGCUUCAAGGCUAGCUCGAUCGGUACGGCGAAAAUGGCGGGUAGGCUACUCCGCGGGGUCGUUUUGUCGGUGUUGGUGGCGCUUCUAGCUGCGGCCGGCGCAGCGGGGGCGGAGGCGUCGUGCCCGGCGACGCCGCCGGACACCGGGGCGACGCUCCAGGUGUCGCACGCGUUCGGGCCGUGCUCGCCGCUGGGAGGCGCGGCCGCAGCGCCGUCGUGGGCGGGCUUCCUCGCGGACCAGUCCUCCCGGGACGCGUCGCGGCUGCUGUACCUUGACUCUCUCGCCGUGGCCGGGCGCGCGUACGCACCGAUCGCGUCCGGGCGGCAGCUGCUGCAGACGCCGACGUAUGUGGUGCGCGCGCGCCUCGGCACCCCGCCGCAGCAGCUCCUCCUCGCCGUCGACACCAGCAACGACGCCGCGUGGAUCCCCUGCUCCGGCUGCGCGGGCUGCCCGACGACCACCCCGUUCAAGCCAGCCGCGUCUAAGUCGUACCGCGCCGUGCCGUGCGGCUCGCCGGCGUGCUCGCGGACGCCGAACCCGUCCUGCUCGCUCAACAGCAAGUCCUGCGGGUUCAGCCUCACCUACGCCGACUCCUCGCUCGAGGCCGCGCUGUCCGAGGACUCCCUCGCCGUCGCCAACGACGUCGUGAAGAGCUACACCUUCGGCUGCCUCCAGAAGGCCACCGGCACGGCGGCGCCGCCGCAGGGCCUCCUCGGGCUCGGCCGCGGGCCGCUGUCGUUCCUGUCCCAGACCAAGGACAUGUACGAGGGCACCUUCUCCUACUGCCUCCCGAGCUUCAAGUCCCUGAACUUCUCCGGCACGCUCAGGCUCGGCCGCAAGGGCCAGCCGCUGCGCAUCAAGACGACGCCGCUGCUCGUGAACCCGCACAGGUCCUCGCUCUACUACGUGGGCAUGACCGGCAUCCGCGUGGGCAAGAAGGUGGUGCCGAUCCCGCCCUCCGCGCUGGCGUUCGACCCGGCGACCGGCGCCGGCACGGUGCUCGACUCCGGCACGAUGUUCACCCGGCUGGUGGCGCCGGCGUACGUGGCGGUGCGCGACGAGGUCCGCCACCGCAUCCGCGGCGCCCCGCUCUCCUCCCUCGGCGGGUUCGACACGUGCUACAACACGACGGUGAAGUGGCCGCCGGUCACGUUCAUGUUCACCGGCAUGCAGGUGACGCUGCCCGCGGACAACCUGGUGAUCCACAGCACGUACGGCACCACAAGCUGCCUGGCCAUGGCGGCGGCGCCCGACGGCGUGAACACGGUGCUCAACGUCAUCGCGAGCAUGCAGCAGCAGAACCACCGCAUCCUGUUCGACGUGCCGAACGGACGCGUCGGCUUCGCCCGCGAGCAGUGCACCGCGGCUUGA